AUGAGAGCACAAUUAGAUCCUACCUUUUCAGAUUACUUGUUACGAGUAGGAAAUGGAACAGAACAAAUAGUUACUGAUGAUACAAUAAAUCUCCCAAUUACCAUGAUUUUACCAUACAUAGAUGACAUGAAUUCUUUAAAUGCUUUGAUAGAUGCUAUAUUUUUAAAUAUAAAUGAUUAUCCAAGAAAUUUACAUCUUAUGAUUAAUAGAGCUAUUUUAACACCUAAAAAUGAUUGUGUUGGUGAGAUAAAUAACUUGCUUAUAAAAAAGUUUCUGGGUGAGGUUACCCGAUAUUAUAGCUUUGAUAAGACCAUAGAUAGAACUGAACAAGGUCUACAAGAAGACUUCUUAAAUAGUUUAACACUAAAUGGACUCCCUCCACAUGAAUUAAUGCUUAAACCAAAUUGCCCUAUCAUAUUGCUUAGAAACAUUGAUCCCUCUCAAGGAUUAUGCAAUGGAACACGAUUGAUUUGUCGUCAAUUUAAACCAAAUGUAAUUGAUGCAGAAAUUGUUGUAGGUCAUUAUCGUGGUAAAAGAGUUUUUCUGCCAAGGAUUCCAUUUUUGCCUCUCCAAAAUGAAAAGCAACCAUUUCCAUUCAAAAGAACCGAAUUUCCCAUUAGACUAAGUUUUGCUAUGACAAUAAAUAAAGCCCAGGGACAAACGCUAGAUUAUGUGGGAAUAUAUUUACCUCAACCAGUUUUCUCUCAUGGACAACUCUAUGUAGCAUUAUCUAGAGCAAAAACUGCAAAUUUUGUUAAAGUUCUUGUUCGACCAACUUCUAUUGAUGAUUCUAAUGACACUUGCACAAAGAACAUUGUUUAUAGAGAAUUAUUAGCACUAGUAAAUUGA